AUGGAUUUGGAGGAGAAGGCCACAACAGCUUCCAACCUCAAGACUCCCUUGGCCCCUGCCUGUUCGGCAGUCCUCAUUGACACACAUAUAUGUAAAGGUCAUUCGAGCAGGCAGGGAAGGUGGGAAGGAUCGAGCUGGUGCACAGCGGCCGGCGACGACCGUGGCAUUUCCAGCGAGAAGGACGACUAUACCUCAAACCUCACAAUCUCAUAG